AUGGUGUGCCCGUACCAGUUUGUGCUCGCGUCCCUAGCGUGCCUCGCGGCCAGCUGCGGCGGUUCCAGCUCGGAGUACCUGAUCAUUCGGCACGGCCGUUCGCGGGUACGCCACUCAAGCGAAAAGGACCACAUCCGGUGGGGCUUGCAAGUGUUCGACAACUUCACGCUACUCGACUACGAUGCCGGUGGCAGUGGUAGUGGUGCUGGGACGAGUGCCGGAGCUGUUUCGGGUGGAGAAGAAGCUCCAUCUGGUACGCAAGGCCAUCUAGAGCAAGCCGGAACUCGGGGCAGUACGCUCACGAUCCGGUUCGACGAACCGGAAGAGCUGGAGCGCAUGAUUGAGCUGAGUGAUUUCGAUAACCUGCGGUUCGGGCGGCCGGUCGGUGGUGGUGUCGUGGCACCCGAUCCACCCGAACCGCCCCCCGGGCGCGAGCGGAAGCUGAUCAAGAAGGAGAUAAUGGAGAAUAUUCGCCGAACGGUCGACAAAGGUCUGGAGUACCUGAAAGCGCACAACAACCUCGACGAGGUGAAGAUAGAGUUCGUCCCGUGGCGCCAGGCCACCGACCGGGGGAGCAAUCGCGCAGAAAAGCAACCAUUCUGGCCAACCGGUGCCAGCAGGACGACGGAGAGAGCGCUGAAGGACGAAAUCAGUCCGUUACCAUGGUCGGUGGGUGACCAUGGCGCUCAAGUGUCCGCCUCCAAUCAACGGCUAAUCUCGUUAGGGACGAUUCCACGAACGUCCAGUCCAGAACCGUCAGUCGCCGUGGACUCGUCAGAGUCGGAAGCGAGCAGUACCGCCGAUCCGAGGAUGCUGGAGGAUGACUAUCCUCACGAUGAACCCGUCGAGGACGAACCCGUUGACGUGGGCAACCGAGACGAGGACGUGGACGCGGACCAACCCACGGAAGAACAGCUCGAGGCGGAACAGGAAGACCCGGAAGGUGAACCGAUUGAUGGGCCGCAGGAUGACGAUCCGCUGCUGCAGGACGACGCCGAGAUGGACGAUGGUUUCGGAGAGCUGGACCCGGUCGAUUUGGACGUCAGUAGCGUGUUCCACAUGGAGGAGAGCGACCUGAGCGAGCUGGACGAAACGAGCCGAUUCAACCGGCGCAACCUGAUGAAGGGCCGAGACGUCGUGACGCAGUUUCUGCGGAUCGUCGAAAGCCAGCACCUGCUGGGAGCGAACUGUACCGCCGGGACGGCGCACAACCUCGGCGAGGGUGUCGUCGACCGGUACGCUCAGGAUCGGUUUCGCGUCGAGGCGGAAAUUGCCGUCAACCGGGCGAACAUGCUGACCAGGAUUUUCAAGUUCUCGUCGGCCGACGUCCAGGCAUCAGAGCACCUGUUGCACGCGUCCGUCCUGUCGAUGGUCGAGUUUGACGAUGAUAUUUUCGCCGGCGGAAACUGCUUCGACUGGAACCAGCAUCCGGCCAAGCGGGGCCUGUUCUGCCCGUUCGCGUACCGGCUGCCCCCACCGGACCAGGGCGCCUCCCUCGUCAAGGAUCUCGCGCUCGAGUACCACUACUUGGGCAACACCUCGGAGUGGUUCUUUCUGGCGCGCAAGAACGCGGAAAAGGUCAUCGCGCGCAACGAGCAGUAUAUUAAAUCGUUCCACGUGUACACUAACAACACCGAGCGGCAGGCGGACGAGAUCCUGUCGGUGAAGUACGAGGACGGACGCUGGUCGAAGCCGUACUACGAUUGUGGAGGCGGAAAUAUCUGGAUGCUGACGUACACCGUACCCUUCUUCGGGUAUGAGAACGGGACGUACUUUUUCAAGGGUACAUCUGGCAUCGAUAUCGAUUUAAGGCGCGUCGACAUUGAUCAGUGUCCGCAGAAGAACUCCCCAUCUGGGGUGCCCCAGCCGCUCAACAUUUUCGCCGGCACGGACAAGUGCAAGCAGCGCACGACCGAGUGCACCUCGAUCCCGGGGCUGGGCUUCCGGCGCGGCUCGUACAGAUGCAUCUGCCGCAAAGGAUACUACUUCCCCGAUACGGCGAUCGAGCAGAAGUACUUCAACGGAAGCACGCUCGAGGAGGAGUACGAGAAGCUGAUGCUUAAACAGUACAGCACGUACAGCUUCCCGAACUCGUACGAGUGCCUGCCGUGUGCGGAAGGAUGCGAUUCCUGUGAGGAUGCGUCACCGUGCGUGGCCGCCCUGAACUGGCCCAUGCGAACGUCCAUUCUGGUGCUGGCCUGUGCCGUCAUUGGGCUGUUGCCACCGGCUGCCAUGUUCACCUUCAAGUAUCAGCAAGUUAAGGUCGUUCGAGCGGCAAGCCCCGCACUACUGCGUGUAAUUGCAUUGGGCGCAUUUUGCAUCUACUGUACGUCGGUCGUGAUGUAUCCACCCCCAUCGCUGUACUCCUGCACCGCUCGCAUCUGGUUGCGGGAAAUUGGCUUCUCGCUGACGUACGGGGCGCUGAUGCUGAAAACCUGGCGGAUAUCGGUGAUUUUCCGCGUCCGCUCGGCGAAAGCCGUCAAGAUCACGGACGCGUACCUGCUGAAGCGGCUCGGCGUGCUGUGUGGCUUCGUCGGGAUCGCGCUUCUGGUCCGAACGCUCGUCGCACCACCGGUCGUGAUCGUGGGCCGAACCGCGGACAACCUGAAGGCGUUCCUGUGCAAGACGGACUGGUGGGAUCACACCUUCACCUCGAUGGAGGUGCUGUUCCUGGCUUGGGGCGUCCGGUUGUGCAUCAUGGUGCGGAAGGCACCGUCCGAGUUCAACGAAAGCCGCUUCAUCUCGAUGGCGAUCUACAACGAGUUUCUCCUGACGUGCUUCCUGAACGUGUCAAUGUUGUUCCUGCAGUCGCCGGCUAAUCCCGAUUUAUUGUACAUCAUAUUUUUCUGCCACACGCAGCUUACGGUCACACUGCUGCUGGCUUUGAUUUUUGGCAGCAAGGUGUACCUGGUGUUACGGGGUGGCGGCAAGCAUCAGGACGACCCAACCGGGCUCGGCAUCAAGCCGUCUGGUGCGAAAUUUAUUAGCCGCUCGCACGGGCGCACCUUCGCCAAUGCCAGCAGCGUCACGACGUCCACCGCUCAGCUCGGAGCCAACAUGGCCAAUGAAGGUCGCCUGACGGAAACGGAAGCCCUGGAAGAACUGAAAGGACUGUACACGCAGCUGCAGCGAUUGUACGAGCGCAUUCCCCAACGCGGUGCCGCCAUCCUAACCGUCGCGAGCCUCAUGGAAGCCUGCCGGACGACGUCCCUACGGCCACCGCCGGCUAUCGGUGCACCCAGCCCCCUGAAAGCCAUCCAAGCCGCCCCCGACACCGGUCUGACGCAGGGCGUGGUGCCAGGUGGCGCCUCAACCAUACCUUCCACGGCCAUCCUGCGAUUAGACAAGAGCACCAACACCAACACGACUGCCACGAUUCCAAACGGCACGGGUGGGCACCCGCUCGCAAUGGCCACCACCACCGGUAACGGUCCGGUUGGCUUGAUGCCGUCGCAAACGCGCAUCACCAUCACGGACGAACCGGAACCGGAACCGGAGUACGAGCGGCACAAGCAGCAAGCUCGCUCGAUCGAUGGCAGUGACUUCCGGCUCGACCAUCAGCAGCUCGAGUGCAUGUGCAGUGGGGCGGGAGCGGGCGAGGAACCGGUGGGGUAUGGUGGGGGCGGCGCCGGAUCAGAGCCCGGCGGGUGUUGCUGCGCCUGCAGCUGCUGUUUGGCGCGACGACGCACCCAAGGGUCGGCGCGUGUGAUAAAUAGCUCCACCAGUGCCGUGCUGCUGACGGGUGGGGGUGGCUGUAAUUGUAAGAUAAGUGCGGUGAACGACAGGUCCGGUUCCGGUUCCGUGAGUGCCGGCUCGAGUGGUCGACGGAAAUCGGGCGUCGGGCCGGAUGGGACUGUCGAGCCGCUGCGUAACGCCAAACAGCACACCUCCGAGCUGGUGCUGAACUGCGGCCAGUUCGCGGCCAGUGAUGUUGUGCGGGGUGGUGGUGUCAGUGGUGCCAGUGGUGGUGCUGUUUCCACUCGAAUCAGUCCGGCUGUGGAGUACCGGAAGCUGGAGCAACACCAAGAGCAGCACCAGCAGCAGCAUCAUCAUCAGCGUGCCUCCAGCACCAGCGAGUGCGGUGAGUUCAGUACAAAAGCUUUCGAAUCUUGUGAUAAUCUGCAACAUCAGCACCCCCACCAUCAACACCACCACCCGCAGCAGCAGCAGCAGCAGCAGCACCAACAGCACCAACAGCGGCAAAGACAAACUUUCAGUUCCGGUGAUAGCAUAGAUAGCCACGCGACACAAACGCCCCACCAUCGGGAGCACGGGGAGGCGGGUACGCUGGCGCAGCUCGCGCAAGCAGGAUCCGGCGUGGGUGGAAGCGGGGGGAGACCCGACGACGCGACCAUCCGGUCGGUGAAUCUAGAAAAGUUUAACAAAUUGUACGCCAACAACAGCAGCCGGAUCGACAGCCUGAAGGAGCACUUUCUCAUGCGAAACGCACUCACGACGGCGCUGCAGAACCUCGAGAACGAGAACCGUUGCCGGGGGGCCACCGGUGGGGGUGGCGUGUCAGCUCCCGUCCUUGGGUAUCCUCGAGCCCGACCCCGAAGGUCCUGCGGGGAUGAUGGCAGUGGCACUGGUGGGCCGGACUAUUCGCGAGCGCCCGGCGAACCAAAGCAAUCGCCGAUGGUGGAACAACCGCAAGUGCUGCAAGUGGCGCCCUCUAGCGGUGACCCUUUGGGGGUGGACGGACCGAUCAACAAUCAACAAAGCAACAGCACGCCCACGACCACCACCAGCAGUACCAGCAGCAGUGGUGGGGGUGAGGGUGCGAGCGGAAACAGCGGAAACAGCAGUGCCAACACACCGGAAACGUCUACCGGUGGAGACCAGGAGGGAGGAGAAAAUGGAGCUGGUGGGGCUGGUGGUGGCGGUAGUGGCAAGAAGAAGAAGUCACCCGACAAGCGGCUCGUCAUCGAUCUGAACGAUCGGUCGAAGUACACCGAGGAGGUGUCGGUGUGA